AUGGCUGGCCAGGGCCUGCCCCUUCACCUGGCCACCCUGCUGACAGGGCUGCUGGAAUGCCUUGGCUUUGCGGGAGUCAUCUUUGGCUGGGCUUCGCUGGUGUUUGUCUUCAAAACAGAGCAUUACUUUGAGGAGCUGUGUGAACCGGAUGCUGGGCUGACGGGCAACGGCACAGGGCAGGCUGAGUGCAAAGCCCAGGAUGAGAGGUUCUCACUCAUCUUCACCUUGGCGUCCUUCAUGAUCAACUUCAUGACAUUCCCCACCGGCUACAUCUUUGACCGUUUCAAGACCACCGUGGCCCGCCUCAUAGCCAUAUUUUUCUAUACCAGUGCCACACUUACCAUAGCCUUCACCUCUGCAGACACAGCCCUGCUGCUCUUCCUGGCCAUGCCCAUGCUCACCGUCGGGGGAAUCCUGUUUCUCAUCACUAACCUGCAGAUUGGGAACCUGUUUGGCAAACACCGUUUGACCAUCAUCACCCUGUACAAUGGAGCAUUUGACUCUUCCUCAGCAGUCUUCCUCAUCAUUAAGCUUCUUUAUGAACAAGACGUCAGCCUCAGGGCCUCCUUCAUCUUCCUCUCUGUCUGUAGUGUCUGGCAUGUUGGGCGUACUUUCCUCCUGAUGCCCCGGGGGCACAUCCCCUACCCACUGCCCCCCAACUACAGCUAUGG